UUAGAUAGAGCAAUCGCAUUCCCUCGCAUUUCUUUGCCAUUUUGAUAGGCUCGAUUUAAAUAUUAAAACCCACCAUUUCCCGCCAUUCAACUCCAUUGCAGUCCACUUCUUCACCGGCAAGUGACGACGGAGCCACCGUACUAACGUCCUCUACCAACAGUGUUAUUUUCUCUCAGGUGCUGGGGGAGAUUGUCGAUUCGAUUUUGGUUCCUCAACUUUACGUUGAUUGCCAAAUGAACGGUGUUGAGUUACCAUUCGAAAACCCAAUCGGAGAUGCUGUUUCCAGGAUCCGAUUCGCCCCCCUAUCCAAUAAUCUCCUUAUUUCCUCUUGGGACUCUAAUCUUCGAUUGUAUGAUGUGGAUGGCUCUCUGCUCAGAUUAGAAGCUCCCUCCCAAGCUGGACUUCUCGAUUGUUGUUACCAGAGCGAGUCCAUGGCUUUUAGUGCGGGUUCAGAUGGUGGAAUUAGAAGGUAUGACUUGCAUUCAGGAACCAAUGAGACAAUUGGAAGUCAUCAUGAUAUAGCAACGUGUGUUGAAUAUAGUGAUCAAACAGGCCUAUUGUUUUCAGCUAGUUUAGACAAGAAUAUAAUGUCCUGGGAUAUGCGCUCUGCAAAGUCUCUGGCAUACCUAAUAAAUAUGGGUGCAGAAGUUGAGUCCAUUUCUCUCUCUAGGUUUGAUUUGAUCGUAGCUGUUGGAGCAUCAGUGAGGAUAUAUGACUUGCGAAACUUGGAGAGGCCAGUUCAUUUGAAAGAAUCGUGUAUGGACAUACGAACAAAGUGUAUUAGCUCAUUUCCUGGAGGUUAUGCUGUUGGAUAUGUAGAUGGACGGGUAGCAUUGGAGUUCUUGGAUUCAUCGAAUUUAAAUGAAGGAUAUACUUUUCGGUGUCAUCCAAAGUUUAAGGAUGGAAGAGCACAUCUAGUUUCAAUAAAUGACAUAGUUUUCAAUCCACUUGUAUGUGGUACUUUUGUUAGUGGUGAUAAUGAUGGCUACAUUAUCACUUGGAAUAAUGAAAGCAAAAGAAGAUUAUAUGAGUUUCCUAGAUACCCCAAUAGUGUGGCGUCUUUAUCAUUCAACCAGGGGGGAGAACUUUUGGCCAUUGCAUCCAGCUACACUUACCAAGAAGCCAAUGAAAAGGAAGUGACCCCUCAAGUAUUCAUACAAAAGAUGGGAGACAGCUAGGUCUUUUGGAGUUUCUAGUCAGAAUAAGCAUUUGUAGGAUAAUUGAUGGAAAAGAUAAUUCAAAUCAUCCCAACAAUAUUUGCCUCUGAUUUUGGAAUUGGACCAAGAAUUCAUAUCUUUGGAUAAGCUGCUGUCCAACUUGCUUGAGCAAGUUUCAAGAUAUCUCAUCUUGUUCAUGGCUUCUUUCUGAGCUUGGUAAUUCUUUUCAGAGAGGGCUCGAGCUAAUCUUGUUGGAACUGUUAUGUGCUUCAAAUUAAAAACAGGUGAAAUUUUUGUUUUUAUUUUUCAUUAUUUGGCCUAGGAAUGAGUUUAGAAAUAGAAUAGUUGCAAAAUAUGUUCCUUUUUUUUUAAUUAUUAUUAUUAUUAUUUAUGUAAAACUUAUGCCUGUGAUGGAUGCAACUUUGAUUGGGGUUAUCUCUGUAACUCAAAACCCUUUGAUUAUUAUAAUACAUUCCAUCAUUGUUGCUUACGAGUUGAA